GCACGACAACAAGCUCAGAUGAGGCACCAGAUGGCUUCGGACAGUAAGGGCGAUUACUCCUCCUACCUGCAGAAGUUCAACCAGGAGCAGAAUGAACAUUACUACACAGUUAUUCCUAACAUAUUUCAGAAACUUCAGGACAUGGAGGAGAAACGGAUUGAGAGAGUGGGGGUCUGCAUGAAGACGUUCGCAGAUGUGGACCGGCAAGUGCUGCCCAUCGUGGGGAAGUGUUUAGAUGGCAUGACUACAGCAGCUGAGGCCAUCGAGCCCAAGACUGUGAGUUUACACACACAAGUCUGCAAACACACAUACACACACAUGCCAUAUGGGAUGCAUUACUCACUAAAACAGGCUGUCAGUUGCAGCCCACACAGGGUCAGUGAAGGCGCUUGUCAAAGAAACUGGGGCAGGAGUAGAAUGGGAGUCUGGACUGGGUGGGGGGUUGAAAUAAAAGCAACCCACCCGUGAACAAUGAAGUGGUCU